CGCCAAACGCGUUCAGCGUUAUGUUUAAGGUAGCGGCUCGCCUCAGCAGUCGCUCGGAACGCACACCCGCAGAAACGUCUUUGGCGAAAUUGCAGGCCGAGCGAUUGAAAGAGAAGCCUUUACAUCUUGGGAGACGGUGAAGCUGAACCAGUCGGAUAAAGAGAAGUCUGGUAAAGGAAAAGGCUCAACACGUAGGCUGUAUCCUAGCAACGGUGGCACGCUCGUGUCGAAGCUUCAGGAUUUUAUGAGCGAAGUCUGGCUAAAUCAGUGAUGGAGAACAUUCAUCUUGCUGCAGAAGAUGAUGACGACCUGUAUUCAGGUUACAACGACUACAAUCCAACAUUUGACUCAGAGGAGCUCGACAAUGAUGUUGGCUUUCAGCAAGCUGUCAGGACCAGUCAUGGCAGAAGACCCCCAAUGACUGCAAAGCUUCCUGGCACAUACACUGGAGGAAGACCCACAGGAACCGCUUUUGGUUCACGGCUGCCUUUGGGCUCUGCAGCAGGAAGACCUACAACUGGAGCUGUGCAGGAAGGGGCUGCUCGUCCUAUGACUGCGGUGCGGGCGGCAGGAUAUUCAUCCACUUUCACCAGAGGUUCAGCCUUUGAUCCACUCGGACAGUCAAGAGGCCCGGCUCCUCCGUUGGAAGGCAAAAUUGAAGACACUCCAGACGAGAAGAUUAAGAUCCUGGAAAAGAAGGUGAAUGAUCUGAUCGAAGAGAGCUGCCUGGCCCACGCUCAUAUGGAUCUGCAGCUGGCUCUAGAAAAGGCCAAAGACGCUGGGCGGAAAGAACGGUCACUGGUGAGGCAAAAGGAACAAACUGGCACCGCGGACCAUAUUAAUUUGGACCUGACUUACUCAGUGCUGUUUAAUUUGGCAAACCAGUAUGCCAAUAAUGACAUGAAUACAGAGGCCCUGAAUACCUAUCAGGUCAUUGUGAAGAACAAGAUGUUCAAUAAUGCAGGAAGGUUAAAAGUGAACAUGGCUAACAUUUACUUUAAACAGAAGAACUAUCUCCAAGCUAUUAAAUUUUACCGAAUGGCUUUAGACCAGAUUUCCAGUGCACACACAAAGAUGAGGAUUAGAAUCAUGCAGAAUGUUGGUGUUGCUUUCAUUCGCAUGGGCCAGUACUCUGAUGCCAUCAUCUCCUUUGAGCACAUCAUGAGCGAGAGCCCCAACGUAAAGACAGGAUUCAACCUAAUCCUCUGCUACUAUGCCAUCGGCGACCGUAAGAUGAUGAAAAAAUCUUUCCAGAAGCUCAUUUGUGUGCCCCUGGGCAUUGAUGAGGAAGACAAGUAUAUCUCUACAAAUGAUGACCCUCAUGGCAGCUUAGUGAUCGAAGCCAUCAGGAAUGAUCAGCUUCACCAAAUGGAGCGAGACAGAAAAGGACUGGCUGAGAAGUACAUCAUGACCUCAGCAAAGCUUAUUGCCCCAGCCAUUGAGUCCACCUUCGCUGCUGGAUUUGACUGGUGUGUAGAUAUGGUUAAAGGUUCACAGUAUGUGGAGCUUGCGAAUGAUCUAGAGAUCAACAAAGCUAUCACGUACCUAAGACAGAAGGACUUCAAGCAGACUGAGGCGGUGGAGACGCUGAAGGCCUUUGAGAAGAAGGACAGUCGGGUGAAAAGCACGGCAGCUACCAACCUCUCCUUCCUGUAUUUCUUGGAGAAAGACUAUGACCAAGCUGACCGCUAUGCUGACCUUGCCAUGAAUGUAGACCGCUACAACCCAGCGGCACUCGUUAACAAAGGCAACACGGUUUUUGUCAAGCAAGACUAUGAAAAGGCAGCUGAGUUCUAUAAGGAGGCCCUGCGUAACGACUGCUCCUGCACCGAGGCACUCUACAACUUAGGGCUGGCCCAGAAGAGGCUGGGACGGCUAGAGGAAGCCCUCGACUGCUUCCUGAAGCUCCACGCCAUUCUCAGGAACAGCGCUCAAGUCAUGUACCAGCUAGCCAACCUAUAUGAGCUUCUGGAGGACUCUCACCAGGCUACGGAGUGGCUCAUGCAGCUGAUCAGCGUCAGCCCUACUGAUCCGCGGGUGCUGGCGAAACUGGGAGAGUUGUACGACAACGAGGGCGACAAGUCACAAGCCUUUCAGUACUAUUACGAGUCUUUCAGAUACUUUCCAUCAAACAUCGAUGUCAUUGAAUGGUUGGGAGCAUAUUAUAUUGACACACAGUUCUGUGAAAAGGCAAUCCAGUACUUUGAGAGAGCGACACUCAUCCAGCCAACUCAAGUUAUGUGGCAGCUGAUGGUGGCAAGCUGUUACAGGAGAAGUGGCAACUAUCAGAAAGCACUUGAGACCUAUAAGGAUAUUCAUCGGAAAUUUCCAGAAAAUGUAGAAUGUCUGCGUUUCCUUGUGAGACUCUGCACAGACAUGGGCUUAAAGGAGGUACAGGAUUAUGCCACCAAACUCAAGAAAGUGGAAAAGAUGAAGGAGAUCAGAGAACAGAGGGUGAAGUCGGGGCGAGAGAGCAGUGGCCGUAGUCGUAGAGAUGGCAGUGUCAGCAGCGACAGUGGGCAGAGUGGCCACGGAACCAGUGCUAAGGGGGAGAGGCUGAGUGCCAAGCUGAAGACCCUCCCAGGAUCCAACGAGCCUUACGAGGCCAGCGCCCAGAGGGACGUAGACGCUUCUUAUGUUGACCCACUGGGACCUCAGAUGGAGAGACCAAAGACUACAGCAAAGAAACACAUGGCGGAAGACGAGUUUGCAGAUGAAGAGUUGGGGGAUGACUUACUGCCAGAGUGAUUUUUUUCUCUUUUGUAGUCGCCACAUUCCUUAAUGGCUUUUUCACAGUAAAAAUACAAGUGUAAUGUAAAGAGACAGACGCCACAGAAAAUACAAAUCCCCUACAAUGUCUGGUAUUCAUAUUUAUCGGUUUCAUAUGGAAAUUGUAUUUGAAAUACCAUGCUAACUCGCAGUGAGACAUAAAAAAAAUCCCCGGAUGUAUUUAUUAAAUUAAGUCGCUUUA